GUUGACAUUUCUCAGCUUGCCUUUUUGAAAAGUGUUACACCGGUUUUGUAUUUUUCUUUUUAUUUCAUAGAAAUUUACAAAUAAUUCCCGCUUUUUUAUCAAAAAUUCAAAUACAAAAUUAAUUAAAUAAAUUCUAACAAUGUCUUCAAAUGGUGAAAUCACCGAUUGGAAGCGUCUCUGGCAAUUGAUUUCAGGAAUUCACUACGAAACACCUGAAGACACAGUCAAAGAGAAACUACUAAACGUAUCCAAGGAACUACAAGAUGGUUUAUUGCAAUUUAAAUCUUCAAAUUCAUCAAAUACAAAUCUGGAAACACUUCUCAAAGAAAAGAAACAAGAAAAGUUGUAUCCAUUCACUAAAAAGUUACAAGAGUUACUGGAUCUGGAAUCUAGUCAAUGCUGGCAAAUUCUUUGUUACUAUUUGUCCAAUGAAUAUCGUGGUUCAGCAAGUUCCCUAACAGCUUUUAUAUCGUCUGAAGGGAAUAUGGCAAAGUUACUCGAUGAUAUUUGGGGUUACUAUUCUCUCGAACGAAUGAUUGUCCUGAAAGUCAUGAAGAAUCUAUUGAUUUUCUAUAAAAUACCCGGACAUCCUUAUCACAAUGAAUACAGAUUGAUUGUAGACAAACUGUCGAUGACCAAACUAAGGGAUUCCUAUUUGAAGCAAUUGGAAUUCUUGAUUGAUGAGAAUCCUCCCACAAAACUGACUGCUGGAGAAUUCUUAAAUUAUCACAAUAAAUUGAAUUCAUGGGCAGAACGUAAUUGCCGGGAAAUCAAUGAAACUUUGCACAUUCUUCUGCUGAUUACUGAUCAUGUUGGAAUGCCACCGAAACAAUUGCAAAAGUUGUUUGAUUGUUUUAAGAAACAUUCAUUUGGGAGGCAGCAACGUUAUAUUGACCCAAUGAAUGAAUUGCAUCAGCAAUUGAUUAGGAAGAUUGCCUUUAGUGAAGUUGCUUUGUUUUUAAAGAGCAUUGAUUUCCCAAAUCCACAACAUACUAGUGGAGCUGAUGAAACUAUAAAACUUUUGGAUAAAGAUAUUACCAGUAUGUAUCACAAUGAAGAGAAUGGUCCGAUGUUGCUGUCUUGGAUGCUUUUGAAUCUUAGAAGUUGCAGUUCAGGACAGGAAGAUAAUGUCAUGGCGAAGUAUGGACAAUUUGGAGUACGAGCUGUACAUUUAAAUGUUUUCGGUUUUCUCAAAGAACUUGUUAGUCAUGAGAUGUUUAAGGAUGAUAGUGUUGUAUCCAAAGUUGUACGGAAAACAAUUUACAAUCUGCUGACUUAUUUGUGUGAUCUCUUUGACGCUGAUGGAAGUGUUAGUCGUCAUCCUUUUGUUUACGAGUUGUUAUGUGAGCUAAUUUCCUGGCCGACAUUAGCCAAAGAUUUCUGCGCUCUUGAAGAUGGUGGAGUUAGGUCUCUAUACAACACAGCCUUAGAGAGUUUUCCUUUAAAUUUUAUUCACAUCUCAAUGAUAGCUAAUGCAUUGAGUAAAGCUGGAAUGGGUCCCUACAUCAAAUCUCAACUGGAAUCGCUUCCAAUUUACACCGAAAUCUACGAUGAUAACAAAUUUAUGCUCCAACCUUCGCCAGAAAUCGAAGAUGAAUAUGUUCUUGUUCGAAAUUUCUCUCCAUUUCCUCGUAUUGACUAUACCAUUCGAUCAGGUACAUCCGCUGUGGUAAUGGAGCGAUCGAAAGCAUGUUGCGUUCAUUUCCGUACGAAUGUGAAUUACUUCAAUGUUCUUCAUUAUGAAAUUAAUUGCUUACUCGACGACGCCACCCGUUAUACUGAAUUCAAUAAUGAUCGACUAACACGCAUCAAUUUCGGUUUGAAGUAUCUACAAUCGGCAAUUCUUCGUGUUAAAUCAUUGAAUGAAAUCUCAGCCGAAAUGGUUCAUCCAACCGAAUUGUGUAUCGAUGUGUUGAAUAAGUUUAAAUUAACUCAAAAUCCACCAAUUGAACUUUUAGCCAAUUGUUUGAAUGUUUGUACUGCUUUAUUGCCUCUGGUCGACAAAGAGAUUUUUAAUCGAGUUAUUAAUUUGAGUAUAUUCCCGGCUUUGAGUAAUGAAACAUUGGAUUAUAAGAAAUAUGCACAUGGAGUGUGUUUCGAUUCGAAUUUGGUUGGCACCUAUUUGGUUGAUGUGGAAAAGAAGACAGAACGUUAUGAAUUUUUGAUGGCUUAUCUAGGAUUUUUGAGGACUUAUGCAAAGAUGGGCCGUGAUCGACUAUUUCAAUUGGAAAUUCCCGGCUUAAUAUUCCUUCUGCGUGAAGUAUUUCCCCAUAUGCAUGCUUGGCGCUUUGAAUCGCAACACGAUAAAAACAAAAUCUAUUCAGAGAUUAUGGGUUUUAUAUGUGACAUUCUGGACAUGGUUACCACAGAAAAAGGAUCUAAGAAUCCUUCAAAGCAACUUUUACGAAACAUUUGCGUAUAUAGUUUACUAAAUCUUGAAAAUGGCUUAGUUCUUCUGCGUUUCAUAGCAAUUGGCAAUCCAAACUUGCAACUAUCGAUGGAAAUGGAAUCUAAUUGGAUGGUGCUAGCAUCAAAUGGGCUCAUUUUACUUGUUCGUUUAUCAAUGAGAAUUUUAAUGCAACUUCUUCGAUUGAAAACAUCCGUCUUCUCCAGUUCCGAAUUAUCACCACUCGAAGCACUCAUCUAUACUCAACCAAAACAAAGAGACACCUUAAGAAUUAUUCCUGUCGUCACAAGCUACAUGAAUAACAUCUUUGAUCGUUGGCUUCCUUUAUUAUCUUGUAGACUUCUCAAACGUAUUGCUCUUGAGUUUAAUAUGUCGCUCUUAGCUUGUUUGGACAUGGAACCAGAUCAAAUUCGUCUGACUUUCCUCAACAAACUUCCAGAUGAUUUAGAAAGUGACAAUCUGAAGAUUGCAAUUCUAGAGCUCGUCGAGGCAUGCAUAGAGAAACAACCUGGUGUUACAGAGGCUUUCUUCAAUGUCAACUUCUCCCGAGAAAAAACAAAAGACAAAAAAUCAAACCUCGGUGAUAGCAUUGUAACGUUUAUGGAAGAUUAUCUCGAUGCUGUUGCAAAAGUCCCAAAUGCGGUCGAAAACCCUCUACCAAGUCGCAUUAUGACUCUGUUUCAUUCUCUCUGGAAGAACAACAUGCAGAGUUUAGUCGAGGAACUUGUCCAGAAACCCACUUUCUGGUCGUCACUUUGCAAUCCAUUGUUUGCAGAGGUUUCUCCAAAUGUCAAAGCAUACAGUCAACUCUUCAAUAUCCUUGGAAUUGAAGUGUUCUGUACCAGUAACAAAACAGACACCGAAUUGAAGAAAGUUCUUAAUAAAUUCUUUGAAAGUUCCCAUUUUGAUGUCUGGCUGGAGUAUGUUUUCGAAUUGCCUAAUAUCCCACGGGCCUCCCAAGCUGUCGAUGAGACACCCGAAUGGUUGAAUCGAUUGCAAGCAUUCAAAGGAUUUAUGUUAAUCUAUUUGAAGAAAAAUCCAACUGGAAUUGAAAUUCCACAAAAGAAAUUCAAACUUCUCGCUGAGAAAUGUCUUCAGGUGCUGGUGGAACGUUCAGAAUACACCGAAGAUCUUAGGCCAUUUAUUAUCCUCUCCGAAUUGUACCUUUUUAUUAUUCAAAGCUAUAAGCAUUCUUACACCGAAAGCGCUGAAGAGGACAGAAUCAUGCUCCAACAAUUGAUAAAACUUCUCAGUGGAGUGGCCAGUUGCUAUGAGGAUCUUCAUAUUCGUGCCAAGGAGGCGUGUCUAUCAAUAACCAUCAAAUGUGCUGAUCUACUUGCAGUGGAGCUGCUCAAAGACUCAACUGUGGCUCUUAGCUUUCUCUACUCGGUGGUCAGUAUUAUCUGCCGAGAAUUGAGUAAUCUGGAAACCGAAGUCAAGGUUGAGAUGAAACUUGCUUCGAAAUCUUCAGUUUUCUCUUCUUCAUCAAACUCGCUUAUUCUGAGCUUAAACCUUCUUAAGACGAUAGCAACCAUUUUCCAUAAUGAUGGCCCUGGUAAUUGGGAUUUGCCAUUUAUAGCAAACAAAGUCUUCAACCGCUUGUUGAGUUGCACUGGUUGGAUUCUACAGCUAAGUUCUAAACAGAAGCUUUCCGUGGAGUUGCUUGAUGUCCUGAUUGUCUUUGCUAAAGGAAAUUGCUCCCAGGAAUUCCUCUAUUGUGACGUUGGUGAUUAUUUGUGGUUGAAGUUGUUGCCACCGAAAGAACUCCUUCAAGCUACUUACGCAAUGAAACAACCUCGAGAAAAUGACUGGGCUGUCCAAAAAUGGUGGCCUAUAUACUCGCGUGGCAUAGAACUUGUAACAAUUCUCUUUCAAAAACAUGGCUAUCAGUUUUUAAAGAAUGUCUUGACUUUUGUUGGAAUUCACGAGGAGUACUUAAUGGAUUCAUUGUUAUUGGGAAAGCAAUCGCUGGAACCUAGUGCGAUGGUUUUAAUUAAGAAUUCUGUCCUUCUGGUGGCUAAAUUAGUUGAUUAUGAGAAGGAAUGGAGAUUGGAGCAUUCACAUAGUUUGUUUAAUUUGAUGCGUUGUGUUCAAAUGUUGAUGGGUCAUUCUAUAUCGAUGUUUAAUCAACCGAAGAAUCUUAAAAGUCUUGUUAUGGGAAGACGAACUCAAUUGGAUAUCAUAAAAGAGAGUGAAAGUGGUGGGCUAGUCGACGAAGUGAUUACAGCUUUCAAUGACCUGACAGAGAUUAUAACUUUGUGUGCGAAAUGUUUGCUACGCUUUAGUCCACCUCUCAUUGAUUUGAUUUGUGAGCCAGAAUUUUUAGCCUGCAAAUGGGAGCCCCUAUUUGAGAUUCAUUUUGGAGCACCAAAGCUCAAUGACACAAAUCCACAACUUACUUUCGGAACUGUACUUAGUGUUAUUGGUGUCUUUACAAAAGUUUUGAAUUUACAAAAUUAUGGUUUCAAUGAAGUUCCAUUGAAUGUUUUGCCAGAAAACACCGAGCUUCAAGGUCAGGCAGAUGGUAUAGAUUCUCCCAGUCGUAACACAACCGGCAAUAAUCUUGCUAAAUCACCAAGUCAACGUGGUUUUUCCAAGUCGGUAUCGAUUACUUCUGCCUCAUCAGUAUCAGCACCACCUAAUGAACUUCUCUCCAAUCUUGAUGGAGAACUUUGUCUGAUGGCAUUGGAACAUGUUCUAAUGCUUGCUGCAUCACAAAGUCUUUUGGCUUUUAAGAAUUGUAAUCUACCCUCACGAGAGAAACAGCUAAUUCGACGAGAGAUUAGCACGGAAUUGAUAACCUAUCAUGAAUUUAUUCGGAAAAAGGUUUUAAUAGAUUUCCGAGAGCACAAAGAGAUUUGGCAUCGGAGGAAACAUGGAAUCGCUCUGAUGAUGAAACCUGGAAGUGAUGACAAUGAUUUUGCAGGGCCAAGUAGAUCAUCAAAAACACAACCUGAAAAUGGAACUAGAAGAGUUCUUGAUCAUAAAAACUCAAUGCGAGUUAAUGUUGUUCGCCGAUUACAUCUUCAAUCACAACAACAACAACGUACCCCAGAUCCUGAUCGGAGAACAUUUGAAAUGUCACAAAUGAUCAGUCCGAUUGUAUCGUCGCAUGUCGAUGUUCAAAAUUCUAACCAGCCAGAUGCUAUAUCAUCAACACCUAAUCUUAGUCGUCCUCCAAUUCGUAGAUCAAGUGAUAUGUCAGGUGGGGAAGAGAAUGUGAAAAAAGUUUGUUUUGAAGAUGAAAUCGAAGAAGAAAUUGACUAUUAUCCAGCUGAAGAACCAAAAUAUAGUCCAUUGUCAUAUGUUCAAAUGGUUGAAGAGGAUUAUUUACAUUUUAUGUCGAAUUUGUUUACUGUUAUUUGUCAAAGUGAUUAGAUUAAAAAUUUUUUUUUUGGUUGACUAUAUUAUGAGUAGCAUUAAGCAUUCUUUUUUUCUAUUAUUUAAAAUUUUGUUUAAUAAAAACUGUUUUUUAAACUACA